AUGGAAUAUCCCUUCAACUUCUUUGCUUUCUUUCUAUUGCUAUCCUUUGUUAUAGCUUUAGUCAAUCAAUGGAAGAGAUCCAAGACAGUCCAUAAGCUGCCACCAGGUCCAUGGAAGCUGCCAAUUGUUGGAAACAUGCAUCAACUGAUAGGUUCGCGACCACACUAUGCUCUCAGAAAAUUAGCUCAAAAACAUGGACCUCUGAUACACCUACAGCUAGGAGAAAUCUCAACAAUUGUCGUAUCAUCGCCACGUUUAGCAAAAGAGAUCAUGAAAACCCAUGAUCUGGCUUUUGCAAACAGGGCUGAAUUUUUGGCUUGCAAGAUUGUAUACUAUAACUGUUCAGACAUUGUCUGCGCCCCAUAUGGUGAGUACUGGAGAAUGCGUAAAAUCUGCACUCUGGAACUCCUCAGUACGAAAAAUGUCCGAUCUUUUGGUUCUAUCAGGCUAGAUGAGGCUAAGCAUCUCAUUUCAUCGAUUCAGGCUCAGGCUGCAGCUGGAGAAUUGAUCAAUUUAACAGAACAUCUUUCCACGUACACAAGUUCUAUGGUUUUGACAGCAGCAUUCGGGAAAGUAAGCAAAGUUCACCAAAUGACAUUCUUGCGGCUUCUAAAGGAAUCACUGCCUAUUUCAAGUGCUUUUGAGGUUUCUGAUCUGUUUCCUUCAUACCGGAUACUUCAUCCGUUAAGUAAAGUUAAGCCUAAGUUGAUGAAGGUGUACCAAAGAAUUGAUAAAAUUUUUGAUAUAAUAAUUGCUGAGCAUGUUGAGAACCUAAAAAGAACAAAAAGGGGCAUGGGCGAGUCUGGGAAUGAAGAUCUAGUUGAUGUUCUAUUAAGAGUUAAAGAAAGUGGAGACCUUACCUUUCCGGUUACCAACAAUAAUAUCAAAGCUGUUCUGAUGGAUAUAUUCACAGGUGGGACUGAAACUUCAUCCACGACGGUGGAAUGGGCGAUGUCUGAGAUGAUUAGGAAUCCAAAUGUGAUGGCCAAGGCACAGAAUGAAAUAAGGAAAGCUUUCAUGGGAAUGAAAACAAUUGAAGAAACUGAUGUUGAGAACUUGCCAUACCUAAAAUUAGUGAUAAAAGAAACUCUUAGGUUACAUCCGCCUAUUCCUUUAUUGGUUCCCAGAGAAUGCAGGGAGGAAUGUGAAAUUGAUGGAUAUGUCAUCCCAAUUAAAACACGAGUUAUGAUCAAUGCUUGGGCAAUUGGAAGGGACCCCAAGUAUUGGGAUGAUGCGGAGAGUUUUAAACCUGAGAGAUACGAGAACAGUCCUGUUGAUUUCACUGGAAACAACUUUGAGUAUCUCCCAUUUGGAGCAGGAAGGAGGAUUUGUCCCGUAAUUUCUUUUGGUUUAGCGAAUGUUGAGCUCCCUUUAGCUCUUCUGCUCUACCACUUUGACUGGAAACUCCCCAUUGGCCUCAACUACGACGACUUAGACAUGACAGAGACUAUUGCGGUAACCGCAUCAAGGGAAAAUAACCUUCUCUUGUUAGCCACCAUGUGUGAUCCUGAUCUAGAACUCCAACCUCCAAAGGAAUAUUGA